AUGAAGUCUUYCGCAGUCACCUCCCUCCUUCUCUCAGGCGCCAUCGCCUUCCCGUUCGUCAUGGACGUGGAAGGUGUUGACAGCCGCCUCAUCCAAAGCGAGCGUCAGCGCGUCCGCAGACAGCAGGCUGGCACCGGUGCCGGCAGCGCCGCGAACUGCCCGUUCAACCCCAACCACCAGCCCGCAAACCCCGUCACUGCUCAAUUCCCGUACAAUAACGCCAAGGACGGCAAGAAGGGAGACGAAAGGGGAGGUUUCCUUGUACCAGAACCAAAGGAUGCACUCCACGCCUUCAAGGCCCCCGACUACUCUAAGGACAUUCGUGGUCCUUGCCCCGGCCUGAACGUCGCAGCCAACCACCAGUUCUUGGCUCAUGAUGGCAUCACGACCUUCAAUGAGCUCGUAGACGCCCAGCAGAACCUCUACAACGUUGGGUACGACUUGGCUGUCCUCCUGGGCAUCCUUGGUCUCACCGUCACCGAUGGUGAUAUUGUCACUGAGAAGCUUUCUAUUGGAUGUGACGCCACCAGCCGCACAUCCUUCAGCCCAGCGCUUACUGGCACUGAGCCAGGCCUUGACGGCCACGACAAGUUUGAAGCAGACAGUUCGUUGACUCGUAACGACUACUUCACUCACGGAGGUGACAACUUCCGCUUCAACGGCACUCUUUUCGGCAUGAUGACCGAAACUACUGGCGGCCUAUAUGACCUGCAGGGUUUGGCCAAGUACCGCGAAGAGCGUUACCACCAGUCUCAGGCAGAGAACCCCAACUUCUACUUUGGCCCAUUCUCCCUGCUGCUCUAUGGCGCUGCUUCUUUCUUGUAUGCGCUCAUGCCAUCCGGCCCAGACUACACCCCUGACGUCGCCACUAUCUCCUCGUUCUUCGGAACCGUGAAGGGUAGCGACGGCAAGUGGAAGUUCACCGGUGAAGAGAAGAUUCCAGCCAACUGGACCAACCGCGUCAAGCCUUACUCCAUCAAGGAUGUCGGUAGAGAGAUUUUCGCGAUGUACAGUCUUCACCCCGUACCAUUCGGUGGCAACACCGCCAACGGCACCUUUGAUGUCAUCGACUUCGGCAAGACGAUCCAGGAUGGUAAGCUCUCUGGUGGUGUUGACCCCAAGGUCGGUGCCUGCCUGCUCUACCAGCUCGCCACUGAGCGUGUUCCAUCUACCCUCAACGGUGUUGUCACCCCAACUGUUGAGGCUCUCAGCUUCGUUGCCAGCAAGCUUUCCAUGACCGACUUCAGCAACCUCGGAUGCCCAGAGCCCCAGACCUAA